UUAUCAAGAGUAGGUAAGUAUCCUUCAAAACAAUUAUUAGAGAGCCUUGGCAUGAACACAAAUAUAAUUGACUUGGUCUGAGAUGAAUGAUCUAUGUUUUUAGUAGAUGCCGGUUGCAAUUUCCGCGAAAAAAUAUUAACCUAUAAGGGAAAAGAAAGCAAUACAAGAAAUGUAUUUGUGACAUUUUGUGAACGCAUCACAAAUAUCGCAGGUCACACACAUACACAAUCACAAAACUGGUGACGCGCGACCACAGAGUACAUUAUAUAUACUGCGCGCGACGUUGUAUGUUUCAAGAUACAUAAAUUAAAUCUCUUAGCGGACGAGUUGAGAAAAAUAAAAAAAGCAGAAGGUCGUCGAUAAAAAAAAAUAUGGUGCGAUUGACGGUAGACCAGCGGGUACUACUAAAAGAGUUACGCAACAAGAAGGAAGUCGCGCAAUUUCUAAUGCCUGAUGCUCCUUCUGCUAAAAAAUCAAGAAAAGUGUCUCCAGAGCGAGUGCCGUGUCCCCUGCUUCCGGAAACUCCAGAAGUCCCGCCUCCGCGAGUUAUUCAGCAUUGGGAGCUGGAGAAAGAACCAUCCAUAUAUGACGACAACAUGGAUCAAGUUAUUUUAGAGUGGGAACAGUCUGUGACCCAAGAUCCUGGGAGCGAUAUGGAAGAGGAUGAGUAUAAUUUACAUGGUGGAGCCAACCGCCUGAAAAACGCUGCUGAUUUUGACGCAGACAAACUAAGCAGCGAUCUCCUCGAAACUCUGAAUGCUACAGACAGACGGGAUGAUGAUGCUUUGAGAGAAUUGGCUAACGACGAUAUGCUCGCGUUCGAUUGGUCACAUGAUCGGGAUAUUUUUGUGGGGGAGCGUGAAUCUUUUACGGGGGCUGCUGGAACUACCUUUUCAGCUGAAGGUAUGUCCCCAUUCCAUAUUUUUUCCAAAAUUUGGGAUGAGGACAUAAUAAACACGAUUGCAGAAGAGACCAACAGGUACGGAGACAACCUUUGCAGCACGAGCAACCUCAAGACCCAUUCUAGGUUGCACAGGUGGAUUUCCAUAACGGUGCAGGAGUUAUGGACGUACUUUGGGAUCCUAAUGCUGCAGAGCAUUGCCCGCUUCCUGUGGAACAGGAGUACUGGAGACCAUGUUUGCCUUAUUUAAAACUCGGUAACUUUACCGACUUAAUGUCAUACCACAGAUUUACUGUAAUUAAACGAUGUCUACAUUUUGUAGACAAUACUAUUGCUGCCAGGGUAUCCCAACCAGGCUCACAAAAAUAAAGCCUAUUUUAGAUCAUCUCAACAAAAAAUUUAGCUCUUUGUACCUACCUGAACAAGAAAUUGCUAUCGACGAGUCUCUCUUGUUGUGGAAAGGGAGGCUCUCGUUUGCUCAGUUAAUAGCGAAUAAAGCUGCUCAGGUAGGCAUAAAGAGUUAUGAGCUUUGUGAGUCCAGGACAGGAUAUCUCUGGAAAAUGUUAAUUUAUACAGGAAAAAAUGAUCAAGGUACCAAGUCGGAUGUUGGGGAUGGGUUACCACCUGAGGGGUGCGGUGCAACUUCUAAAAUUGUCCAUCACUGAGUACGGCCAUUAUUGAAUAAAGGCCAUACUUUAGUGAUGGAUAAUUUUUACAAAAGCCCGCUUUUAUCGCGCACCCUCAAAUCAAAAAAAACCGACGUCAUGGGUACGCUGCGGCUCAACCGGGAGUUUGUGCCCGAAAGUCUACGCGUCAAAAAUAAGGCAAACAUGCGUCACGGGGAAGUGGCAUACAGCCAAACAAAGGACAUCACAAUUGCAGUGUGGAAAGAUGCAAAUGUAGUGUCAGUAAUAUCUACAUACCACAAAAAAGAAGUCGGCGGAAAAGAAAAAUAUGGUUUCUACAAGUACAAGCCAAAAGUUGUACUUGAUUACAACCUUUCUAAGGGGGGUAUCAACAAAAAGGAUCAGCAGUUGCAGGCGUUAUAUAGAAAGGGUGAGAAACCACAUUUGGUACAAGAAGCUUUUCCGCCGCCUUUUAAAUGUAUCGAUCCACAAUGCUUUUGUGAUGUACCAAGUGCGGUAUUGCCAGGUAUAAAACAGCGGGCGUUUCGUGUACAGUUGGUGGACGAAAUCUUACAAAGGUUUCGACCACCAAAAAUACACGCACCCCCUGCCACUCGUCAUUAUCUCGCACAAAACGCCUCCAAGAGGUCACUUUGCAAGUGGUGCGCACAGAAAAAAAUUGAUAACAGUUUGGAAAUGUGACACUUGCAACGUGAACCUAUGCAUACUGGGGUGUUUUAGGGAUUAUCACACUUCCAUUUCGUAAUGUCAUAAAAACGCACACUUUCACAGUAGUCUCAUCAAAAUCGGACCAGCCGUUUUAAAAACAAGUUAAUUCAUCAUAACUUAAUUAUUCAUAUUUUUAAUAUCUGUUUUGCGUCAAGUAGAAAGUGUUCUGACUGUUUCAAACCAUUUAUCGUAUAAUGUGUAUAAACGGCCUGAUAGUAACCGUUUUUUCGGUGUUUAUUCCUAUUUGUAAUGUAAAUUUACUUGUAACUUUGGUUUACGGUUACGGAAUUGGAAGUGUGAUAUAUCGUUAGAAGCGUGAUUUCUUGUAGUAAAUUACUGUGCGUAAUAAAUUUUGUUUCUGUAACCUUUCCUUUUUACAAAAGGCCAAGAAAGACACACAGCACGCAUCUGUCGAAAAAAGGUAGGCUCAGCUAUAAAUCCAUAUUUCUGCGUAUCAGUCAUUGCUAUUGCGAUGAAUUUUUGUUAUAAGUUAGAAUACCAAUAUAGCUUUUAAGUAAUGUACGUGUAAAUAUAUAAAUAUACAAAAAUAUUUUGUUAGUGUAAAAAAA